CCACCUCCGUUGUUUCAUUUGCGCCAUUUUGUCCGCUCACUUUGUUGAUUGGGCUUUAGCGAGCUGUACUGGAGCCAAUCAGAGGGAAACCGGACAGCGAAGCUACGAGAAGGUUGUGACAAUAACAAGCUAUGGAGCAGUACACCACUGCCACCACUACUACUGGGGAGCAGAUCGUUGUGCAGACAUCCAAUGGACAGAUCCAACAGCAGGUCCAGGGACAGCCUCUGAUGGUCCAGGUGAGCGGUGGGCAGCUCAUCACAUCAUCAGGGCAACCCAUAAUGGUGCAGGCCAUGUCGGGGGGUCAGGGUCAGACCAUAAUGCAGGUCCCUGUAUCUGGAGCUCAGGGAUUACAGCAGAUCCAGCUGGUGCAGCCAGGUCAGAUCCAGCUGCAGGGCGGACAGACUCUCCAGCUCCAAGGCCAACAGGGUCAGCCCCAGCAGAUCAUCAUCCAGCAGCCCCAGACAGCCAUCACCGCUGGACAGAACCAGGGACAGCAGAUCAGUGUCCAGGGCCAACAGGUGGCACAGACGGCUGACGGACAGACCAUUGUUUACCAGCCUGUCAAUGCAGAUGGCACCGUCUUGCAGCAGGGAAUGAUCACAAUUCCAGCUUCCAGCUUGGCAGGCGCCCAGAUUGUACAGGCAGGUGGUGCCAACACAAACACUACUAACAGCGGCCAAGGCACUGUGACCGUCACCUUGCCCGUCUCUGGUAACAUGGUCAAUGCAGGUGGAAUGGUCAUGGUAAGACCCUGUGCAGAGAUGGUGCCUGGAGGUGGUGCAGUUCCCACAAUGCAGCGUAUCCCCCUGCCAGGGGCUGAGAUGCUCGAGGAGGAACCUCUGUACGUCAACGCAAAACAGUACCACCGCAUCUUGAAGCGAAGACAGGCUCGUGCCAAACUGGAGGCUGAGGGCAAGAUCCCCAAAGAAAGGAGGCAGAAAUACCUACACGAGUCUCGCCACCGUCACGCCAUGCAGCGCAAGCGAGGAGAUGGAGGACGUUUCUUUUCACCUAAAGACAAGGAGGAAAUGGCUUUGGCCCUGGCACAGCAACAGCAGGACGUAGCCCAGGCAGCAGCAGAUGAGACUGUGGCUCAAAUGAUUCGAGUCUCAUAGCACUGUCGCCAACAUCAUCUCUUCUGUCUAUGAACUCGACCCUGCCUGAGACUCUUCAUCCCAUCUAACCUGAUCUGCCGCACCAUCUGCUCUCCCUUUUUCUCCCCCCUGCCACGCCAUCAUAUACCAAAUCACAGCAUUGCCACUGGGUUCUCCAGUCGGACACUGGUUUCUCCAGUCGGACACUGGUCUUCCAAGGAUGUAGACCAUGUUGCUGCUGAGUCUGUUGUUUUUUCUGGUCUUCUUCUCUGAAAGGAGGAUGCUUCCACUCUCAGCUUAUCUUGUCGAGCGUUUACGACCAGCUUUUUAUUCUCAUAAGGAUUUGUUUAGACAAUAAUGAUGCAUGAAGUUAUAGGUAACCAGGGCAAGUCACUCAGAGCCAAUAACAGCUGAUAUCACACCCUGGUCUGUUAAAAAGUUGAGAUUUUGUCACCAGUGGAUGCUUUAAUUAUUUUUUGUAAAUGGUACAUUUGUUUUCAGAGACACUCGUUUGGUGUCUUGUAUCUUUUAUGUGAUGCCUUUUUUAUUUUUACUUUUCAUUUUUUCAACCCAUGUACUGUGGGGGAUGGACUCCGCAUCAUAAGUCCAACCUGCGUCCACUGAGCAAAAACUGAAAUGUGAUACUAAUGUGAAGAUAUUGUACAGACAUUCUUCUCUUCCCCAGUGUGUAACGGAUGUACUUACUAAUUUGCCCAAUUUUUUGGAUGCAUUUUAUACAAUUUCGUGGUUAGACAUAGUGUUUGUAGGAAAACAAUGACUUGGUGUUUAAUCACAUUACACAUUCUAUCCAUGUAGUUACCUCUUCAUCGGUCAGUCCACCUAAGUGUUUCUUUUUUUCAUUGUAGAUAAUUUUUUACCUAUCAGAUGCAGCAAUGCAAUGUUUUUGUUUUGUUUUUUUAUAAUGGAAAAAAGGGUGGACAUUCAUGAAACCUAUGUCAAUUAAAUUUUAUUAAGUGA